CAACCAGCUAGAGGUUUUUGGUUGAUACAUUCUUCAUGACGAGAGGUUUAUUCGGCAAAAGGUGGGUGUCGAGUCCACGUGUCACAGCAUUGAACUGUUGGCGUCAAAGCAGGUUUGUAAGUCUUUAUGUAUCCUACGUGUACAGACUGAUUUCGUAUUUUCAGUUUGCUCUUUCUGUCUUUGAGGCACAUAGAUAUUUAUACAUGCAAAGCCAAUGUACUUAAUAACAUUCUGUUGGUUCGUCUGUCCUUUGUUUGUCUUUUGCAGGUUUGCAGAUCUAAUUAGCAGCCUGCAGUGUGUGUGUAGAUCUGCAGAUCUAGAGUCGAUCUGUAUGCAUGUUCGGAUUGUUUCUCUGUUUGUCAGUCUUCUGUCUGUCUGUCAAUACAUUGGAUCCGCACUAUUCAACAGCCCAAAGUGGGUUACACAAGGCAGUUUAGGAGUGUGACAUAUCAAUAUAUUAUGCGAACGUUUCAUCAAUAUCACACGAGGAAUAACAAAGUUUGUUAUAUAUUGAGAAAAUGCUUCUAUAGUGCUGUACCGAGAGCUCAGAAUGUUGUUUUAUCUACUCAUAAAUCAUCAUUAAAUCUUCUGUCAAGAGUGUUUAUUGGGCUCAAGAGUGGUGCAUUGUAUAUUGGUGCUCCUGUUGGCAUUUAUUAUAUUUGUCAUUAUUCUCAACAUUUACAUCUAUUGCAUCGAGCAUAUUGUGAAGACUCAGUAGGAGUAGAUGACUCUGGAACUCUUGGUGAUGAUAUUUCUGAAGAACUGGAGACACAACAGCCAGAAAAUAUUGCCUAUGCUGACUUGCUGGAUCUACUGUGGCCAGAUAUUGCAUGGCUCAUUUUGGCAAUAGGGAGUGCAUUUGCUGCUGCUGUUGUCAACAUAAAAAUUCCAAUUCUACUUGGGAAAUUAGUUAACAUUUUAGCACAUACACAUGGUGACUUUAGAGAAUAUUUUGAAACUGUCAGAGUACCGUCUCUUUAUCUUAUUGCAAGCUAUCUCCUGCAGAGCUGUCUUACUAUCGUGUACAUAUGGAUGUUGUCACGAGUUGGGGAACGAAUGGCAAUGCGCUUACGUUGUCGUCUCUUUGAUGCAAUUGUGAAGCAAGAUAUUUCUUUCUUUGAUCAACACAGAACCGGAGAGCUUAUAUCUCGGCUGACAAGCGAUGUUCAAGAUUUUAAGAGCUCUUUUAAGAUAUGUAUAUCUCAGGGUCUUCGCAGUGUCACACAGACCAUUGGAUGUUUCUUAUCUUUAUACUUUAUUUCGCCUCGUUUGACUUUGAUGUUGGUUGGAACUUUGCCAGUCAUUGUAUUAGUCGGCAGUGGAAUUGGGAAGGUUCUUCGACAGAUUUCUCAAAAGGCUCAAGAUCAGGUUGCUAAAGGGGCUGCUGCUGCUACUGAAGCUCUUGGCAGUAUUCGAACUGUAAGGGCAUUUGCGAUGGAAGAUGCUGAAAUCAAAGCAUAUCACGAUGAGGUGCAGAAGUCUAAAGAACUAGGAGAAAAGCUUGGAUUUGGUAUUGCAAUCUUUCAAGGACUAGCAAGGAUUGCUGUGAAUGGUGUCACAUUGCUGGUCUUGUUUGCUGGCGGCACAGAAGUUGCGGCUGGACGUCUGACUCCUGGUGACCUCAUGUCUUUUCUCGUUUCAACCCAGAUGCUUCAGAGAUCUCUUGAAUUGAUUUCAUUGUUAUAUGGCCAAGCAGUGCAAGGAACAAGUGCUGGUGGCAGAGUAUUUAGAUUUAUCUUCCUGGAACCAACUAUACCUGUGCAAGGUGGUCUAUCUCUUGAUAAAGUUGAUGGUAAUGUUGAAUUCAAGCAUGUUACCUUCUCGUAUCCCAACAGACCUGGACAGGUUGUGCUGCAGGACUUUUGUUUGUCUAUCCCUGCUGGCAAAACAGUGGCAUUGUGUGGUCCGUCAGGAGCAGGAAAAUCAACCGUAGCUGCAUUGCUAGAAAGAUACUAUGAUUUGGAUGAAGGGCUUGUGCUGUUAGAUGGGAGAGAUAUUCAACAUCUGGAUCCAAGAUGGUUGAGAGGACACAUUGUGGGUUUUAUUAAUCAGGAACCUGUUUUGUUUGCUACGUCAGUAAUGGAAAAUAUUCGUUAUGGAAAACCUGAUGCUUCAGAUGAUGAGGUGAUACAAGCAGCAAAGACAGCGAAUUGUGAUCAGUUUAUACGAGACUUUCCACAAGGUUAUGAUACCGUUGUUGGUGAGAGAGGUCUUACUGUAUCUGGAGGUCAGAAACAAAGGAUAGCUAUUGCUCGAGCCCUCUUAAAAGAUCCCAAAAUACUAAUCUUGGAUGAAGCAACUAGUGCUUUGGACGCUGAAUCAGAAGGCACAGUUCAGGCUGCUUUAGAUACGGCUUGCAAAGACAGAACAGUUUUAGUGAUUGCUCAUCGAUUAAGUACUAUCCGUGAAGCAGAUCUGAUUGCAGUUCUGUCUAAAGGAUCUAUAAAGGAGCUUGGAUGCCAUGAUGAAUUACUGAGGAAAGGGAAUCUUUAUGCUGAGUUGGUUCGUCGUCAAACUGCUGAAAGCAAUUUGUGAUUUGCAGUAUUGCUUUGUUUGAAUGUAUUGUGCAUUUUGAUGAUCCACUCACUAUCUUUGGCAAUUAAAACUGUGGCAGUACAGUACAA